AUAAUUAUUAUAUACGAUUAAUAUAGAUGUCUUCAAUCAUGAUGGCAGGAAAAGGUAUGCCGGAGACGGAGGAGCAGAAUAGGAUAAGGUUUCAAGUGGAGCUAGAAUUCGUUCAAUGUUUAGCCAAUCCAAAUUACAUUCAUUUUCUAGCACAGCGAGGCUACUUCAAGGAGCAGACCUUCAUCAACUACCUGAAGUACCUCCAGUACUGGCGGGAGCCAGAGUACGCUCGAUACCUCAAGUACCCAAUGUGCCUACAUUUUCUGGAGUUGUUGCAGCAUGAGGCGUUUAGAAGAGAAUGUGUAUCAGCUCAGGUGUGCAAGUUCAUGGACGACCAGGCGAUCCUGCUGUGGCAGCACUAUACUCGGCGACGCACGCGCACACUGCAGCCCCCGGACGCGCCCGCGCCGCCCGCGCCACCUGCGCCGCCCGGCCCGCCGAGACAGCAGUCGUAGGGUUAGCUUUUGAAAGAUUAUUAAAGUUUUGCCAUCCUGUGACUAAAUGGCUGUUAGCAGUCUCUACUUUUGCUUGCAAAGGGUUACCUUUGACCGCCAAAGACGUCAACUGACGCGCGCGGCUACA